AUGGAGCAGAUGUCAAACAUUGAUGACACUCAAAAACUCCACCAAAUUAUCCGAAAAGUUAGCGGUGAGCUUUCUACACAGAAUGACACUGUUCGCGACGCGAGUGGCGGCUUCCUUGGUGAUAAAUCGGCCAACGUCGAGCGCUGGCGUGAGCACUUCGAGCACCUUUUCACCCCAGCACCCUUCCGUUCCCAUUUACAGCGGAGUCUCCUCCCUCCUUCUGAGGGAGACGUCACGGAUGCCAUAAAAAGGUUACGCAACAAGGCAUCAGCAAAUGAUGUUAAACGGGCUGAAAUCAAAAAUUUUUGUGCCGACACUGGCUCCAUGAACGGAAUGAGCAAAAGUGAAGAUACGAGGUCGGUCCUGAUGCCUGGAGCUCAGGCAUCCUAG